AGAGCCUUAUUACAUCGAGCGUGUUUUCUCUCUCUCAUGACUCGUUUAACUCUCUCCCUCUCUCUCUCUCUCUCUCUCUCUCCUCCUCUCUUCUUUUUUGUUGGAUUCCCACCUCUUCCCCAAACAAAAGCCACACUAUACAACUCAGACAAAUCCACACAUAUAGUAUCUAGCUAGAGAGAGAAAUAGGAAAAAAGCACCAAAAGCGCAGAGAGAGAAGCAGUGCCGGAAAUGCUGGUGAAGCUGGGGGACCCGGUCAGAUUCCGGCAACCAUAGCAAAAGACGUUGAGAGAAAGAUAAAGCAAAAUAGUUAAUAGAAAAAAUGCCAGAGCCAGUGUUAUCUUUCACUGAUGAAGAAGAAGAGAAAGCGCACACAGACAGAGAACCGGACACCACCAGCAAACCCAUCUCCGUACCCCUCGUCGUCGGCCGCAGCCGGUCCCACUCCUCCACCCGCCGCGUCACCCCCACAACCACUUCAACAGCCAUCGCCAUCAGAGAAAAACACCUCCCGAACGGAGAUCUCUACACGGGCAGCUUCUCCAACAACAUGCCGCACGGAUCCGGCAAGUACCUCUGGAGGGACGGCUGUAUGUACGAGGGAGAGUGGAAAAAGGGCAAGGCCACGGGCAAGGGAAAGUUCUCGUGGCCGUCCGGGGCGACCUACGAGGGGGACUUCAAGUCGGGUCGGAUGGACGGGUACGGCACUUUCAUCGGAUCCGACGGGGAUUCUUACAAGGGGUCGUGGGUGGGCGACCGGAAGCACGGCACGGGCCAGAAGCGGUACGCUAACGGGGAUGUCUACGAGGGGUCGUGGCGGCGCAACGUGCAGGACGGGCACGGGCGGUACGUGUGGCGGAACGGGAACGAGUACGUGGGGGAGUGGAGGAGCGGCGUGAUCAACGGGAAGGGGGUUCUGAGGUGGGCGAACGGGAAUGAGUACGAGGGGAAUUGGGAAAAUGGCGUUCCCAAGGGCCACGGGGUUUUCACUUGGCUCGAUGGUAAAAACGAGAUCAAGAAUCUGCAGAUUCUGAAUGGUGAUUCUGCAAAUACCAUUCUGAAUGGUGGUGAUAAAACGUGGGUUGGGGAGGAGAAGAGAGGAGGGGGGUUUAACGGGAAGGUAUCGGCGGCGGGGCCGUUGCUGGUGUUGGAGGAUGGUGGGGACUUUGUGGUGGCGACGAAGAAGAGGUCGUCGGUGGAGGGGUCGAGGGGGAGCUCGACGGAGAGGGGUUUUUUCCCGAGGAUUUGUAUUUGGGAAUCGGAUGGGGAGGCUGGGGAUAUUACCUGUGAUAUAGUGGAUAAUAUGUUUUUUAGGGAUGGGAUUAGGCAGUUUAGGAGGAAUCCUUGUUGUUUCAGUGGCGGUGAGGUGAAGAAACCGGGGCAGACUAUAUCGAAAGGGCAUAAGAAUUACGAUUUGAUGCUGAAUCUACAGCUGGGUAUUAGGUAUUCAGUUGGGAAGCAUGCUUCGAUUCGUAGGGACCUUAAGCCUAGUGAUUUUGAUCCCAACGAGAAGUUCUGGACUAGGUUUCCGACGGAAGGAUCGAAGACCACGCCACCCCACCAAUCGGUUGAGUUCCGGUGGAAAGAUUAUUGUCCUGUUGUUUUCAGACAUUUGAGGGGGCUGUUUCAAAUUGACCCUGCGGAUUACAUGCUUGCUAUUUGCGGAAACGAUGCUCUCAGGGAGCUUUCUUCUCCUGGGAAGAGUGGAAGCUUCUUUUACUUGACUCAGGAUGAUAGAUUCAUGAUAAAGACAGUAAAGAAAUCAGAAGUCAAGGUGCUUAUUAAGAUGCUUCCAAGUUACUACCAACAUUUUUGUCGGUACGGAAAUUCCCUAGUGACAAAAUUCUUUGGUGUCCACUGUGUCAAACCGGUGGGUGGCUUGAAGACUCGAUUCAUCGUGAUGGGCAAUCUGUUCUGCUCAGAGUAUAGGAUCCACAGACGGUUUGACCUGAAAGGAUCGUCCUAUGGUCGCACAACUGACAAGCCUGAAGGAGAGAUUGACGAAACUACUACCCUUAAAGACCUUGAUCUCAAUUUUGUGUUUCGACUCCAACAAAACUGGUUCCAAGAACUUAUCAAACAAAUUGAUCGAGACUGUGAGUUCUUGGAAGCUGAGAGGAUCAUGGAUUAUAGUCUUUUGGUUGGUCUUCACUUCCGUGAUGAAAAUACUGGUGACAAAAUGGGUUUGUCACCGUUUCUCUUGCGAACUGGCAAUAAUGAUUCAUUUCGAAAUGAAAAGUUCAUGCGUGGCUGUCGCUUCCUUGAAGCAGAGCUACAAGACAUGGAUCGAGUUCUAUCUGGCCGGAAACCUUUGAUCAGAUUGGGGGCCAAUAUGCCAGCACGAGCAGAGCGGUUGGCUCGAAGGAGCGACUUUGAUCAGUACAUCCCCGGUGGAUUUAGCACUUUGACCCCUUCACGCAGCGGCGAAACUUAUGAAGUAGUCCUCUACUUUGGGAUUAUUGAUAUUUUACAAGACUAUGAUAUCAGCAAGAAGCUAGAGCAUGCAUACAAAUCCUUGCAAGUUGAUCCUACAUCAAUCUCCGCUGUUGAUCCGAAGCUAUACUCAAGGAGGUUUCGAGAUUUCAUCGGCAGAAUCUUCAUAGAAGAUAGGUAGCACCAAAAGGAAGCAAAUCAAGACAUUUUGAUUGCUAUAUGCAACUGAAUCAAAUCUUGAUCGAUGGAGCUUCCGAUCGGGGUAGGGUCUUUGCAAAUACGCCGUGGAGGAACAGGGCGGUGGCGGUGGGUGGCUGAAUUUUGCGGAUCAGCUGUGGCGGUGAAGGGACAAGUUCAUUGUACAUUCAAGGUGUGGGGGCAAAUUG